GAGAGAGAGAGAGAGAGAGAGAGAGAGAGAGAGUUCACUUCCUGAAAACCAACUAUGACUAUUCCAAAGGAGAAAGGUGAUGGUUCCUCCAACUCUAUGCCCAAGACUGAAAGGGAUUCAAAAGAUGAAACUAUUUUAGCUCAAGAGCAGGUCAAGCAAGCUCAACUGAAAAUGCAACUUCACAGUACCAAAAAGGGAGAUCAUGAAACCAUCGAAUCCUAUGUGAAGAAAUUAAAAUCCACAGCCGAUUCUCUAGCAGCAAUCAACAGUCCAAUAUCAGAUCAAGAUUUGGUUUUGCAACUUCUCGCUGGUUUACCUUCUCAAUACUUACUCCUCAAAAAUACGAUCUCAUCUCAGUUUCCUCUCCCAAAUUUUUCAAAGUCUUGUUCCAUGCAAUACGAAUACGAGAAAUCAUUGCCGGGGCAAUCAUCAACUAGGCCUCCUCUUAGUUCAGAUCAAUCUGAAAAUAAUAACUCAAAUUCCAGCAAGAGUGCUCUGGAGACGCUACAUGAUAUAGCAAAUGCAGUGACAACUAUGGUAUCAAUAGGAAGCAAGUUUUGUAAUGCGUUUGGAUGGUCUCAAACAUCAACAACAAAUGGGGGACGUGGUAGAGGAAGAGGAAGAGGACCUGAUGGAGGAAGAGGACGUGGUGGGGGAAGAGGAAACUGUAAUAAGAGAGGUGGAGGCCCUUCUAAUAACAACAACAAUUCUCGUAACUCUGGUCGAAGGUAGUUAUAAUUUGAUCAAAAUUUAGUACUACGUAUCUACUAUGUUUUCCUUCUUGUUGCUGUGUUGUAAGUAUUGGAUCGUUGGUUUCCUGAUUUCAAGUUUUAUGUAAUCAAAGCUUGUACUGGUAAAAAUAUUGUAAAGCUUCCAGUAAGGGAUCUAUUGUGAUUUCUUUGAA